UUCACCCCCAAAAAUAGCCGUCAAAGAAAAACCCUAACGUCAAACUAAAAGAUUUAAGCGCCGCCGUCUCUUUCUCCAAGACGGUGGACUACAGCGGGCGCAGACGCAGAGAACGAGUUCAGCGAUCAGUAUUUUCAGGAACAAUGGCGGGAAAGAGGAAGAAGAGCGAUGGCGAAGAAGGAGGAGGAGGAGAAGACGAACCAGUGAUUAAGAAGGAGAAGACGAAGAAGGAGAUUCUGCCAUCGAUGAUCAAGAACAAGGAUAAGAGGUCGGAGAUUCACGCCAAGCUCCAGCACCAGAAGAAGCUCGACAAGCGCAAGAGAGCCAAGGCUCGCGACGCCGCCAUUAAGCGCGCUCUCGAGCUCGGCGAGGAGCCUCCUGCGCCGAAGAUUCCUCGGACGAUUGAGAACACGAGGGAAUUUGAUGAGACUGUGUGCAUGCCUGACGAUGAGGAGCUAUUUGCUGGAAACGAUGCUGAUGAAUUCAGUUCAAUUAUGAAUCGUGAACGUACUCCAAAGAUAUUAAUCACCACUUGCCGUUUCAAUUCUACGAGAGGACCUGCGUUUAUAUCAGAACUACUCUCUGUAAUUCCAAAUGCACAUUAUUACAAGAGAGGAACCUAUGACUUAAAAAAGAUUGUUGAAUAUGCAAAUAACAAGGAGUUCACUUCUAUUAUUGUCGUUCAUACCAAUCGGCGGGAGCCAGAUGCUCUUCUAGUUAUGACCUUACCCAAUGGGCCUACUGCUCAUUUCAAGCUAUCGAAUCUUGUUUUACGCAAGGAUAUUAAGAAUCAUGGUAAUCCAACAAGUCAUGAGCCCGAGCUUAUCUUGCAUGGCUUUACAACACGCUUGGGUCAUCGCGUUGGAAGAUUAUUUCAGUCACUUUUCCCCCAAGACCCUGAUUUCCAUGGUCGAAGAGUUGUAACUUUUCACAAUCAGCGAGAUUUUAUAUUCUUCCGGCAUCAUCGAUACGUUUUUGAAACAAAAGAAACUAAACAGACCGACUCAAAAGGUACAAAGACCAAGGAUGCAAAGGAUAAGGUCUCUCAAGAGAAAAUAAAAGCUCGUCUUCAGGAGUGUGGCCCUAAAUUCACGCUGAAGUUAAUCAGUCUGCAGAAUGGAACAUUCGAUACAAAAGGCGGUGAAUAUGAGUGGGUGCACAAGCCGGAAAUGGACACCAGCCGAAGGAGAUUCUUCUUGUAACAAGCUUUGGAAUAUUGCUUUCAAGUAUCUUUGCCAUGGAACGGAAGAAUUCUGUUGAAGACUUUCCUAUAAAAAGCACAACAUUUUUGUUCCUUGCAACAUAAGUUAUUCCUGAAAUUUCUCGCUGACCACAUGUUGGAGCAUUUUUGACGUAAAAGCUUUCUAUAUAUAUUCAUAUAUUUUUUGUUUCUUUUGAUUGUUAGUAAGCUUUUGUAUUGAAUAGUGG